CCCAUUGAUGUGAAAACCAAGAAAGGAAAGAAGGCUUUAGCACAGGACGAGCACCCCAGACCUCAGACCACAGCAGAACAGAUGGCCAAGCUACCAACUGUGUUCAAGGAAAAUGGCCCUAUCACAGCAGCAAAUACCUCAGGAGUGUGUGAUGGAGCUGCUGCAGUGAUAAUAUCAAGUGAAGAGGCAGUUCACAAGCAGAAUUUCACGCCAAUGGCCAGAGUAGUGGCUUACCAUGCAAGUGGGUGUGAUCCAAGCAUUAUGGGAAUUGGUCCCGUACCUGCAAUCAAUGGGGUUCUGAAGAAAGCAGGAUUAUCCUUGAAAGACAUGGAUCUAGUAGAGGUCAAUGAAGCAUUUGCCCCUCAGUUCUUGUCCGUGCAGAAGGCUCUGAACUUGGAUCCUGAAAACACCAAUGUAAAUGGAGGCGCUAUUGCAUUAGGACACCCUCUGGGGGCAUCAGGAACCAGGAUAACAGCACAUCUGGUUUAUGAGCUCAGGCGCCGGGGAGGAAAACAUGCAGUGGGUUCCGAGUGCAUUGGAAGUGGCCAAGGGAUCGCUGUCAUGAUUGAGAACAUGAAGUAA